AUGGAAGGGUGGGGAGGCGCCUCUGCAGAGGAGGGUUCGGGGGAGUCGCUCGGCGAUGAGAUGCUGUCAGCGAGGUCCCAGGAUGGAACCAACUCUGAGAAUUCCGACGACAGGAACGGGAUAGAUGAUGAGCCAGUUGAAGAAACCACAGCACAGUAUUCUGUGUUUGCACGGCGCAAGCGCAAACAUGGGCAGCUUGAUGACAGCGAGGAUGAACCAAGAAGGCCUGAGAACGGUGCAGCAGACACACGAGGAGCUGGAGAUAGGGGCGACUCAGCUGCUGGUGGCAGGGGGGGAAACUCAGAGCCUGACACACCAGACGAGGGCGGCUCAGAGGGCGGGGCAGGUGGCGGGGCAGAGCACGCACCAGACGGCGGCUCAGAGGGCAACGCAGGGGGCGGGUCAGAGCACGGGGGAGGCUCACCAGACGGCGGCUCAGAGGGCGACGCAGGGGGCGGGUCAGAGCACGGGGGAGGCUCACCAGACGAGGGCUCAGAGGGUGACCCACCUGAUGGGGACCCACCUGCCACCCCCGAGAACGAGCCAGGGGACGGUGAUGCCCCCCUAGAUUUGCAGGGGCUGCGCAUCAAAUGGGGACUGGUGGCGCCGCUGACCCCUGAGGAGACCUUUAGGUUGGGUGACCAUUUCGGCGUGCUCACUCACUGGGACAACAACACCUUCACCACAGGGGUGCGGGACUGCCUGGCAGAGGUUAGGAGAGUGGAGAGUACGACUACUCGGCCGGAGGACAAGGCUCUCAUCAAGGAGCUGAAACGUCGCAUUCAGCAGAUCCGGGAGCUCAUGCUGGGCACGAUCCAAUGCACACAACAUCAGGGGAAUCCCCUGACGUCGCUGAUAAGCAGGUUUACGGAGAAGUGUGUGAGGGAGGGGUUCAGAAGAUCAGAGGAGAAGUCCUCGGAGGUCUGGAAGCGGGUGUUUAUCGUGACAGCUCCGGGGAUCUGUCACGACACCAGGACGUUCAAGUCCAACACCACGAUCUUACAGGAACUCGUCGCCAUGAAGGGGGAUAGUGACGAGGUAAACGAUCUCUGCACGGAGAAGCUGGGGUUAUUGGGAGCCGCUGCCAUGCAGAUAGAGAACAUCACAGUCGACGAAAGCUUCCCGGUGAUGGUGAAGAACAGGAGCGUGUUUUCGUUUACCAACGGGAUCUUCGUGACCGACCUCAAGAAGGACAUGUGCAAGCCGGGCGCUCGGGACCGAGGAAGAGCAGAGGGGGAGCCUCCUAAAGAGGCUUUCAUCCCAUACGAGGACGUCGACCGGGUUCUGGACGACGCCGUGGUGUCGGCGAAGUUCCACAACGCCCCUCUCAUCUACGACGAAGGGGGGGAUGAGACAACGGUCCACCAUCCCGUCUUUGACAAACUUCUACGCGGCGAAGAGGGUCAGAACGAGGACCGCGACAAGGGUCAGCGGUUUUCACAGGACCAGAUGGUCUGGAUGUUGGGCUUCAUAGGACGGAGCAUGACUCCGAUUGGGGUUUGCGAUGAUUGGCAGACUAUGCCAUUCCUGGAAGGAGUACCGGGGACAGGCAAGAGCCUGCUUCUCAAAUAUGUGAUCCACAAGUUGUACGAAGAGGGGGACGUGGGUGUUGUGAACAACCAGAGUGAGAAGAUUUUUGGCUUGAGCUCCAUAGCUGAUAAGUUCGUCUGGUAUUGCCCAGAGGUCAAGGACGACAUGAACCUGGACCAGAGCAUGUUCCAGAGUUUGGUGGCCGGAGAUAGUGUGUCGGUAGCAAUUAAGUACCAGACUGCAAAGGUUACAACGGUCACAGCACACGGAUGGCUGGCAGGGAACACUGGAUACCCCAAAUGCUGGAACGACCCCAGUGGAGCUUUGCGCCGGAGGGUUGCAGUCUUUCCCUUUGACUAUCCGGUGGUCACCGUCGACACCAAGCUGGGGAACAAGCUCGAGGCGGAGCUGCCCCAGAUCAUCCUGGCGGCCGUCCGCACAUACCACAGGCUCCUCAGGGAGCUGGGUUCUUUGAGCUUCGAUGGACUGGCCAUCCCCGACUUCGUUCGCUCCGGAAACCGUCUGAUGACGAGGCUGGAUCCCCUGAGGGGGUAUAUCGAAGGACGUGGCCUGACCAUAUUCGCCAACAACAUCAACGUGUACAUGCCAAGGGAUGACCUGGUUACCCACCUGCGGCAGCACCUCGGCAUCAACCAGACUGCCAUCGUCUCGCAUCCGGUGUGGGCUGAGAAGGGUGUGGUGUUCAUCUCGCAAACUGCACCUCCGCUCGACAUGCCCUACCCCCGGCCCAAUGGAGCCAACAACACGAAGAGAGAGUGGGUUAUUGGGGUGGACAUCAAGGGAGCUAACGAGGAGACAGUGGCUCCACAGAGCGGUCUCCCGCCGCAGUAUAGGCAGACAUUAGAAGAUGCAUGUGAAGCGGUUCGGGAAAUGUAUAGGAGGAGGUAA